AUGCGUGGUAUCGGAUCUACAAAGCAAAACAUGCUAAUUAACGAGCCUUGCAAUGAAACAGCAGCGGCACCUACUGGAUGGCAUGGAUAUACGGUUUUCAUUGGAGGCAAAGAUGCUAUUGAGAAAUACCACAAGGACGUCAUUGUACUGUACUUUCCUGUGGAGCUCUACAUGUUGUGCCCGGAGACAGUGCAACUCAUGUUGCGGCCUCAUGGAUUUAAAAAUGCAUCCUCUGUUCGCACUGCUCCAUCGUUUUACGGCUAUUGA